AUGUCAAAGAUACACAGAUUAAAUAGCCGCAUUGAAAUUUAUAACCUAUAAUUUAAUUUUUUAUUUAAUAAAAUGGUGAUUUAAAGCUAAAAUUAAUAAUUUAUAAGUUUCUUAAACACCGUAAACAGUCACAAGAGAAAUGGCAAAGGUAAACGCUGGUGUUUGCGCCAUAAAAGAAGAAUUUGUAGUGAAAAAGCCCGCAAUACCAGAUAUUAUUAUAUUUGAAGACAAAUCAGGUAAACAUAAACUCAGCGGUGAAGGUGACGAUAAAGACGAAGUAGACAAUAAAAAAUCUAAAUUAGAAAAUGGAGCCACAGGAAUGGCUAAGGAUAAAAAGCGAGGUCAAAACAAAUGCCGACCAAAAACAUUUCAGGAUGAUAAGAAAAGUAAAGCUUGCCCAAGUAUCAUAAAUAUUACCUGUAAAGAAGAACUAGUACCAUGCCAGUUUAAUAACUGCAUCUUUAUUCAUGACCCUAUAGAAUAUCUGAAAUUAAAACCAAAGGAUUUAGGCGAGACCUGCCAUGUCUUUAACCUCCGUGGGAGAUGCCCUCGAGGAAUUGCUUGUCGCUUUGGUUCUCAGCACCUUACAGAUGAAGGCUACAACAUAGUAGUGGAAAGUAAGCAGGAAGCAUGGAAGGAUGACACUGUUAAUACUCUUCAGUCAACAACUAAAACAGAACUCCAAAAAAGGAAAUAUGACUUCAGCUUAGCUGAAAAACUUGUAAAACAUUUGGAUAACAGGAAGAAACCUGCAGAAAAAGAUUUAGAGAAAACAGAACCCGAAAAUUGUGAUGGAGAAAUUGAGAAAAAGAUAGAAUAUACAGGUGCAGUGACAGAUGAAGAUUUAAUAAAACUGUUGCCACGAGAGAAAAAGAAGAUAAACUGGAACAAUAAGCUGUAUCUAAGUCCUCUAACAACAGUUGGCAACCUACCAUUCAGAAGAAUAUGUAAAAGUUUUGGUGUGGACAUCACUUGCGGUGAAAUGGCCCUCUGUGAAUCCAUUUUAAAAGGUAUGACACAGGAAUGGGCAUUGGUGAAAAGGCAUGAAUGUGAAGACUUGUUUGGGGCUCAAAUAUGUGGUACUAAUGUCUACACUAUAGCUAAAGUUUCUCAACUUCUUCAAGAAAAUUCUUCACUUGAUUUUAUAGAUUUGAAUUUGGGAUGUCCUAUUGACCUUGUGUACAAGAAGGGAGGAGGUUGUGGCAUGAUGCACCGCCUGUCCUCACUGGAGGCCUCAGUGAGAUGUGCAUCAAAUCUUUUGAGUAUUCCAUUCACCAUCAAAAUGAGAACAGGUGUAUAUCAAGACAAAAAAAUUGCUCAUACAAUUGUACCCAAAGUGGCACAGUGGGGUGCAUCAUUGAUAACCCUUCAUGGAAGGUCCAGAGAGGCCCGGUACACUCGGUCUGCUGACUGGGAGUACAUUGAGACUUGUGCUAAAGCAGCUGCACCUUGCCCUGUUUAUGGGAAUGGUGAUAUUCUGAGCUACCAAGACUAUGUUGAAAGAAGAGAAAGGGCCCCAACUGUGCAAGGGGUCAUGAUUGGUCGAGGUGCUCUCAUCAAGCCAUGGAUAUUCACUGAGAUUAAGGAACAAAGAUUGUGGGACAUUAGUAGUGGUGAGAGAUUUGAUAUUCUGAAGAAAUAUACUAACUAUGGACUGGAGCAUUGGGGAUCAGACACCCAGGGUGUAGAGAACACACGAAGAUUCCUAUUGGAAUGGUUGUCAUUCUUAUACCGUUAUGUACCUGUUGGGUUACUAGAAAGACCUCCGCAACAGAUAAAUGAAAGACCUCCUAUAUAUUUUGGCAGAGAUGAUAUGGAAACUUUGAUGGCAUCUGGAAAUUGCUCUGAUUGGAUCAAAAUAAGUGAAAUGCUGCUUGGACCGGUUCCAGAUGGGUUCAAUUUUCUACCUAAACACAAAGCUAAUUCAUAUUAAUGAGUGUUAAGUUUACAGCAGAGUUGUUGUUAAAUAAAAACCUAUAUUUAUAAACUUA